GAACCUGAAGAAGCUUGACGAUAACGACGGCAAUUGGUAAAACGUGAACCACCUCACCACACACAAAUACGAGACCGAUCGGCGAUCAGUAGACUCAACCAAACUCGCGGUGAAACAGUCGGAUUCCACCGCUAAGGAACGAUGAUGAUCUCCCAAUUCUUUGUUUUAUCUCAGCGAGGAGAUAACAUCGUCUUCCGUGACUACCGGGCUGAGGUACCGAAAGGCAGUACAGAGACUUUCUUCCGUAAAGUCAAGUUCUGGAAGGAGGAUGGCAAUGCAGAGGCGCCACCUAUCUUUAAUGUCGAUGGCGUGAACUACUUCCAUGUCAAGGUUGUUGGUCUAUAUUUUGUUGCGACUACGAGAGUUAACGUGUCACCGUCUCUUGUUUUGGAGCUUCUACAAAGGAUUGCUCGUGUUAUUAAGGAUUAUCUUGGUGUUUUGAAUGAAGAUUCAUUCAGGAAAAAUUUUGUGCUCGUGUAUGAGUUGCUUGACGAAGUUAUUGAUUUUGGUUACGUGCAAACUACAUCUACCGAAGUUUUGAAAUCCUAUAUAUUCAAUGAGCCAAUUGUGGUUGCUCCUGCCCGCCUUCAGCCCAUCGAUCCUGCUGCCAUUUUCACACAAGGAAACAAAAGAAUGCCUGGAACUGCAGUUACAAAAUCGGUUGUAGCUAAUGAUCCUGGGGGUCGGAGAAGAGAGGAAAUUUUUGUGGACAUUAUCGAGAAAAUCAGUGUUACUUUUAGUUCAAGCGGCUAUAUACUGACUUCUGAGAUUGAUGGAACCAUUCAAAUGAAGAGCUAUCUUUCUGGUAAUCCAGAAAUCCGUUUAGCUCUUAAUGAAGACCUAAACAUAGGAAGAGGAGGGAGAUCAGUAUAUGAUUAUAGGAGCUCUUCAGGUUCAGGGGUGAUACUUGAUGAUUGUAACUUUCAUGAGUCUGUUCGUCUGGAUAGUUUUGAUUCAGAUAGAACUUUGUCCCUGGUUCCACCGGAUGGUGAAUUUCCAGUAAUGAAUUACCGUAUGACCCAGGAGUUCAAGCCUCCUUUUCAUGUUAAUACCUUGAUUGAAGAGGCCGGGCGCCUUAAGGCUGAAGUGAUUAUUAAAAUACGAGCUGAGUUCCCUUCAGACAUAAUCGCAAACACAAUUACUGUUCAGAUGCCAUUGCCAAAUUAUACUUCCAGGGCUAGUUUUGAGUUAGAACCCGGUGCGGCUGGACAGAAGACAGAUUUCAAGGAAUCCAGCAAAAUGCUUGAAUGGAAUUUAAAGAAGAUUGUUGGCGGGGGUGAGCAUACACUGCGUGCAAAGCUGACAUUUUCACAGGAAUUUCAUGGUAAUAUCACAAAGGAAGCAGGGCCAGUCAGCAUGACGUUCACGAUACCUAUGUACAAUGUUUCUAAACUUCAGGUCAAAUACUUGCAGAUAGCAAAGAAAUCAAGUAGUUAUAAUCCAUAUCGUUGGGUGAGAUACGUUACACAGGCCAAUUCAUAUGUGGCUAGGAUAUGACCUGCUUUCAGAUAAUGGUUGUCCCUCACUUGUAUGUCUAAGUACUUUCUCUUUACAUGUUCGGAGCACACUUGCUACACAGUACUGUGUUGAAUGUUGUCUCUUCUAUUUGGAUACUUUCUUGUUUUGGUAUCAACAUAUAUGCUUUUAUUGCA